CCCGCUUCCCUGCGCAGUCGCCCGGGCUGCAGGCAAACCCCACCGACAGAGCUCUGCUCUCCCUCCACCUCCCCAGUUACUCCAGCCUAGGAAAGCGAAACCCAACCGGCUCCUUCACCCGCGAUUGCGGAGCUCCGAGUCCAGAGCUGCGCGCCUAGCCCGGCACCGGGAGGGCGCGGGAGCCGCCGGCCCCGGGGCUUUGGGAGGCUGCUGCGCGGCCCUAGCGGCUGCUCCUUCCCACUAGAGUCUCUGGCUGGAGAGGCCGGGUUCGGCCCUGAAACGCGCGCAGCAUGGGCAGAUGCUGCUUCUACACGGCGGGAACUCUGUCCCUGCUGUUGCUGGUGACCAGUGUCACGCUGCUAGUGGCUCGGGUCUUCCAGAAGGCGGUGGACCAGACGAUCGAGAAGAAUAUGGUGUUAAGAAAUGGCACUGAGAUCUUUGACUCCUGGGAGAAGCCCCCUCUGCCUGUGUACACCCAGUUCUAUUUCUUCAAUGUCACCAAUCCAGAGGAGAUCCUCAGCGGAGAAAUUCCCCGGCUAGAAGAAGUGGGGCCAUACACCUACAGGGAACUCAGGAGCAAAGCAAACGUUCAAUUUGGAGAAAAUGGAACAACAAUAUCUGCUGUUAGCAAUAAGGCAUAUGUUUUUGAAAGAAACCAGUCUGUUGGAGACCCUAACGUUGACUUAAUUAGAACAAUAAAUAUUCCUCUACUGACUGUGGUGGAACUGGCCCAACUACCCCUGCUGAAGGAGAUCAUUGAGGCUAUGCUGAAAGCCUAUCAGCAGAAGCUCUUUGUGACUCACACGGUUCAUGAAUUACUCUGGGGCUACAAAGAUGAGAUCCUGUCCCUCAUCCAUAUUUUCAGACCUGAUAUCUCUUCCAACUUUGGCCUGUUCUAUGGGAAAAAUGGAACUAAUGAUGGGGACUAUGUUUUUCUAACUGGAGAAGACAAUUAUCUUAACUUUACAAAAAUUGUGGAAUGGAAUGGAAAAACCCCAUCUGACUUCUGCAGGUCAGUAUAUAUAACUUUCAGUGACUUUGAGAGAGUAGAGGGACUGCCUGCUUUUCGGUAUAAGGUGCCUGCAGAAAUAUUAGCCAAUACUUCUGAAAAUGCUGGCUUCUGUCUACCUGAAGGAAAUUGCCUGGGCUCAGGUGUGCUGAAUGUGAGCAUCUGCAAGAAUGGUGCACCCAUUAUCAUGUCUUUCCCACACUUUUACCUAGCUGAUCAGAAGUUCAUUUCUGCCGUGAAAGGCAUGCAUCCAAACAAGGAGGACCAUGAGACAUUUGUGGACAUUAAUCCUUUGACUGGAAUUAUCUUAAGAGCAGCCAAGAAAUUCCAAAUCAAUGUUUAUGUCAGAAAAUUAGAUGAUUUUAUUGAAACAGGAAACAUUAGGACCGUGGUUUUCCCAGUGAUGUUUCUCAAUGAGAGUGUUCUCAUUGAUAAAGAGACCGCAAGGCGACUAAAGUCUGUGAUUAACACUACUUUGAUUGUCACCAACAUACCCUACAUCAUCAUGGCACUGGGUGUGUUCUUUGGCUUGAUCUUCACGUGGCUUGCGUGCCGAGGACAGGGAUCCAUGGAUGAGGGAACAGCAGAUGAAAGAGCACCCCUCAUACGAACCUAAGAGAACUUAGCUGUCACCUGAGCUUGGUGAGAGAACGUGUGAGCUGCCCUGACCUGGACCAGAACAGGGGAAACCCCGCAUCCUCACAGGCUAAGCUACGGUGCCUGCAAGUGAGAAGAACAUUCUGGCCAGAGGGUAAAGAACAGGCCAUUAUAUAAAGAUGUAGACUUUAUGCUUUAUAAAACCGUGUGGUCUCUGAAAUUGUUUUCAUGUGUCUAGGGAGUAUUUAAUAAACUAUUGUACAGAAACUUUUUGUUGUUGGGCUCUGGGAGCUGCUAUAAAAUUUUGUGACCACUGUUAUAGAUACAAUGUCUGCAUCACUUGUUAAUGCUACUUGGUCUAACCUCAUUCACUAUGCUUCAUUCACCAAAAUUUGUGUUCAAAAUACAUAUAUGUGGCUUUAUGCUAUAUUCCUCCAUUCAUCUCUAAACAGAAGGAAAGAGUUUGGAACCCAGGGUAAAAACAAUAGCCUCAUCCAAUAUAUCAUGUAGAUGCAUCUGAUUUCCUUCUUUAAAACAUUACAUAUAUUAAAAAAAUUACAUGUUGCAUUUCAUCCUAAUCUUAAGUUCAUAAUUCCUUCAGGAAAAUUGCUCAGUCUUUUGACUAUUUUUAUAGUGGAUAGGAAUCAAGUGGGGAAGGGAUGAGGUAGGGUGGUACCCAAGAGUAGAUCGAGAUAAGCUCCUAAGGAUUUUUAAGUUGUAUUUUUGUGAAUAAAGAGGAUACAUAAAUGAUGUUGGUGAGAGUAAGAACAGAUAUUUCAUGUAGAAUAGACAUUUGUAGAUUAUUAACUGUCUUUUUUUGUCAAAAUCAUCAUGAUGUAGAAACAUGCUUCUGGGAGAAUGCUAUCAAUGACUUGUCCCCCAAGUCCAUCUCUGCCAAUGUGAUGCUGAUACAGAGUGAUGGUGACUGCCAAAUAUGAGAGAUUAUUUAUAAGAUUAUGAUCAUAAGGAAGGCCAUCCUCCCAUAGCCUAAAUUACAUAUAGAUUCAGAAAAUGCGCCUGGAUUAGAGAGGUAUUUCUUCUGAACAGUCUUCUUGGUGACUUUGAAGUUGUUUCUGUAAGUGCUUUCAUCAGAUUCAGUCCCAGCCAGUGUUUGGCUCACUGUUACUCACUAAAUACAGAAAAAUGUGCCCUGUAUUUUCUGUGACAAUCGUUUUCUGACAGAAUGACAUAUUUGAAGUACUACGUAGAAGUAUUUCAGAGAAGGGGGUCCUGGAACCAGAAGUGAAGCUACUUCCCUUCAGAAGAUUCCUGGCUUCCAGUAGAGGCAGAUGACUGGGAGCCAUCCCUGUGUCAUUGUUGUCAGACGUUAACAUAUUGAAGGGCAUUGUCUUACAAGUCUCAAAGUCCACCAUCUUUUUAUUUUAUUUUAUUUUAUUUUUUGAGACAGGGUCCCCUGGCUGGCCUGGAAUUCACUAUGUAGACUAGACUGGCCUCAAACUCACAGAGAUCCGCCUGCCUCUGCUUCCUCAGUGCUGGGAUUAAAGGUGUGCACCACCAUGUCUCACCCACCAUUCAUUUUUAAUGAGAAAUCCUAUAUGUUAUCUGGACAAGUGGGUACAGAAUUUCCUAACAACUGAAUUUUAUUGUUUAAAACUGAAUUUCAAUGUAAGCAAAAAUUUUUUAAAUCAGAGAUUUCACUUAUCCAUGUUUGAAGUAUUAGAUAGCUUUCAUUUAUAAGCCACAAUUUUUCUUCUGUUGAUACUAAAGCAAUAUGUGAUGUUUCCCUUCUUGAAGAGAUAAUUCAUUGAACUCUCAACUUUCCUAUAUGUCAAAGUAGAAAUAGUAGAUACUCUAAAUCAUCAAAAUGUGAAAACUAAAUUUAAAAUAUUUGAUCUUUAAUAGUGACAAAUUUCUAUAUUUUUAGAAGUUAUCAAUAUUUAACCAGAUAAUUGGCAUGUUUUUCCUUAUUCAUCAACUUUUUUUUUUCAUUAGGUUGUUUUUUGAGACAGGGUUUCACCCUGUAGCCCAGGCUGGUUUGGAAUUCACUAUGUAGCAUAGGCUGACCUUGAAUUCAUGUCUCAGCCUCCCAAGUACUGGGAUUGAUGUCUUUAUGCAACUACUUACCCACACUAAUAAACUGAUAAGCUAGUGCAUACUAAUUGGUUCAUUCCUAUUUUCAGGAUAUAAUAAUCUCUGAGAAGGAGAUUUUUUUAGAUUAUACCAGCUAAUGAUUUACAUAUUAGAUUGACUCUCACAUAGACAAGGAGACACAAACAUAUUAAUUCUAUAUUUGUGCCAUGGUUCUUAAUAAUGAUGGCUCAAAAAUCACAUUUGAUAGUCUCCUUCUUCUGAAGACAAGGUCUAUGGCAAACGCAUAAACUGCAGUCAGAAUUAUAGGUUGGCUAAGAGAGUACAUGUGCCCAUUUGCUUUGGGGUUGAAAAUCGCAAGCUGGUCUUUGUAUUCAUUCAUUUGCAGCCAUCCUGGAAAGGCCCCAAAGCCUUUGUGAUCCUCACAUCACUGAAUGGCAGGCAGGGAGAAGAGGGAGCUGAGAGCAGUACAAGAAAUGGGCUUUGCCACUUUAGUGCCAGGUUUUUCCCAGCAGACGUUAUUUGUAUCUGCUUGUGUUCUAGAAGGAUCACUAAUGGUCAAGUAGAACAAGCACUAUACAACUAACCCCUAUUGGGGUUUUUACUUAAGGGAGGCUAAUUUUUAACUUAAAUUGUUUAAGAUGUGAAUUCAGCAAAAAGCCCUCUGGGCACUGUUACUGGUGUAAAUUGCUUGUGCCUAACUUUAAAAAGACUGACCAGAAUGUUCUUCACAUAGCUUAUAUAGUUGGUUCAUUUCAUGUGAUUCUUGACCUGGUUUAUUUCUACCCUUAAUGCAAUGAAAUGUUUCACUAAUAAAAAAAAUUUAUAUGAA